AGCCUUCACUUUCAGUUCAGCAGCGAUCCACAGAGUGAGGAUUAUGAUAUGCAGCUGCUGCUAGAUGUGAAUACGGAACUGUAUCCUAUUAAUGUUGGGGAGAAGUUUAGGAUGGCAUUAGCUCCAAGUCUAAAUGUCAGUGGAACAGCUGUCAAGGGUGCGGCAAAAUCACUUGCUGACAAAUUUGAAUAUGUUAUGCAUGGGCUGUUAUACAAGAUAUCUGAGGAUGAGUCCUCAGGACCUGAUGUUAAAGUGUAUGUAUAUGCAAAAGUUUUAAAACAUUUUGUUAAUUGUGUUUUGUGAAUG